UGAUCUAAAAAAGAUGGAGACUGUUUAGCGCCACUAUGUCAAAUUUUGGAUAAAAUUUUAAAUUAAAACCUUUUACACCAGGAUUCCACCAAAUUCGCUGUGGCUUUUUAUUGAACAGCAGUGUAGUAAUCGAAUAUUACUUCAGUUCUCAAAACAAAUUGGUUUUUUUGAGAAAUAUGAUGAUUGUUUGACCACAAAUACCCAAAAUAAACCUGAAAAAAUAUACAUUUUGAACAAUUAGUCUUGUUUUAAAUCCAUGUAUUUAAUGAAGAAUUGAUUCAUUAAAUUUUUAAAAGAGAUGACAAAUGUUGUUUAUGAUAUGGACACCUCUGGUGGCCUUAUGGAUCAAAUCCAAGCUCUUAUAGCUCCACCAACAGAUGAUGAUGAAUUAAGAGAUGCCCAGCAGGACCAACAACAUCCCUAUUUCCGUAGACCUGGUAAAGGUCAUAAUCAUGAUAACUGUGAUGCUUGUGGAGAAGGAGGCGAUUUGAUUUGUUGUGAUAAAUGUCCAUCAAGUUUUCAUCUGCAAUGCCAUGAUCCACCUUUAGAAAGUACUGAUAUUCCAAAUGGGGAGUGGUUAUGUCAUAGCUGUAUAUAUGCUAAAACACAGAAUACUUUACCUCUAACUAGGAGCAAAAGAUCGUGUUCUACAGAGAGUACAUUCAUAAAACCAACGAAGAAAUCAAAGACAUCUCCUAUGGACAUUUUGAUAGAAGCUGCAAGUUCAAUGAAUCCAAAACAAUUUGAAUUGCCCCAUAAUAUGAGUGUUCCUUGUGAUUUUCCUGGCACAGAUAAAGAUAUUCUAGAUAUACGAAAAGGUCUUAGAAAUUCAAAAGAAUAUGAGAAAACCCCUAGUGGUCUUGUUCCUUUGCCAGCAAAGAAAUGUUAUGAAUGUGACAAAUCAUGUAGAGUCGCUCCAUUGAUUGCUUGUGAUUAUUGUUCACUAUACUUCCAUCUAGAUUGUCUCAACCCUCCUCUUACCGCACCUCCAAUGGCUAGAUGGAUGUGCCCAGUACAUGUUGAACAUGCUCUGGAUUCUAUUUUGUUGAAGUCCACUUCAUUAACAGAGAGGAUAAAGAUUUGGGACAAAUUUGCCACUGAACCAUUAGAUCAACAUGCUGUAAAAAUUGAGUUUUUUAGGAGGGUUAAUCAGAAGAAUCCUCCUUUUCGGUUUAAAACUCGGUUAUGCCCUAAGAAUAAAGCUAAAAUUCCAGAAAUGGUGAAAAACCAUUAUAAAAAACCAGUUAAUCUUCUUCCAAGCCUCAGGGAUGUUUUAAGAGUAUCAAUUGUUGAGAAUGAGAAGCAGUUAAACGUGUUAUUUGAGACUAAAAAUGAAAAGGAGUCCGUUUUAAACUGUGGAAUAUGUAAAAAUAAUAAAACGCAGUGUUCAUGUAAUGUAGAUAUCAAAGUGGAAGAAGAUAAAGUCGCUUUAGUUAGUGAUAAUGUACAGAAUGUUCAAAGAACUGAAGGUUAUAGUGUUGAAAAAGAACGAAGUGUGAAUGGGUUUUUAAAAUAUGACAGUAUAAAUGGUAGUUUCUACGAUGAAAUUGUGAAAAAGGAAUACUGUGAUGUUAAUUUGGAUCAUUUGGAUGAUAGACUGAUAAGACUUUUAGCAUAUCAACAAAUCCAGAAUAUCCUAGGUCAACAAAACAAAUCUGAAGAAUUAGCUCAUUGUCUAAAUUCAAACAAAUUAAGGAAUAUGCCUUUACCCAGUGAAUUGCUGACACCUGCUGAUAUAGAGAGGAUAAGUAAAGUGUUCUCGAGUCCAAAACGGAAAAAAGUUAAAUCGACAUUAAGAGCUCGAGCCAUUUUAUGUCCUGUUGUCUCCAAACAUUUCUACAAUGUGAGGACUUCUGAGGUUGAUCCUACUGAUGUCAGGCAUGAUGCCAGUUAUAUGGGUUACAGACCAACUGUUUCAACAAGGUUUCCAGAAGCAGUGGCAAUGAGAUAUCGUGUAUUGAACAUAGGCAAAGGUUCAACGAAUGAUGUUGACUUAGAAAGAUUUGGACACUGCAAUUACUUAGCACCGAAACAUGCAGUUAUUUUUUACGAUGAAUAUUCGAAACACUAUGAACUAAUUAAUUACUCCCCUUACGGUACCUAUGUUAAUAACAUCUUCUACUCUAAUGAAAGCCAAGUGCAUAGGCUACAAAAAUGUUCUAAUCAAGAAGGAGUCGCCUCUGCCAACGGAACAGCCGCACCCCCUGACUCUGCAACCCCUCUAGAGAAUCAGGUUAGGGAGAUGAUUGACAAGAAGAGAAAGGUGUGCAGGACCAAAAAGAACCCUUAUGAUGCAAAAAUGACUGCCAUAGAUGGUGCUGAACGAUCUGAAUGCUGCUGCAAUGUAGAAGAGGGUAAGACAGGAUGGGAAGGAUCGGCAAUCUUGAAUCAUGGGGCCCUCCUCAAAUUUGGUUGCAUAUCUUUUGUUUUUUCUAUCGUGGAAUGUGUCGAAUGAAAAGUUUAGUUGGUUGAGGUUACUUGCAUGGCGCUCUUAAAAAUGAGAAGGUUACUUUUUGUUAUUGACUGAAAUUUGUUUUUUGUAUCUUUUGUAGUUUUUAAUAUUCAAUCUACAUCAUCUAAUUAUCAUCUUGGUUUGUCUUAGUUUGAAAAUUGUGGAAUUUUCUCAUACUUGAAUAAAACUAUAAAGUUUACAUGAAAUAACUUAUCAGCUUUUGCAAAAUAUUGAAGAAUAAUUGAGAGCUGGUGAUAAAUUGAAAUAUCCUAGUUUUUGAAUCUUUUGACACAUCUUUAAAUAUCUUUUAACGAUUGAACUCUUCAUUUGGAGCUGCCCUACUCUGUAUAUGAAGGCAAAUGUCUUUUUUAUAAUUUAUGUUUUCAAAAUUCAUUUUAUGAUAUGAAAAAAAUUGUAAAUGUCCUGAAGUAAAAGUUCUGAUCAUGUUGUUGUACAUUUCAAAAGUAGAAUUUGUAUCGUUCAUCUACAAUUUUUUUUUUUUUUUUUUGAGAAAGUUUUAUUAGACAAUUGUAUAUAUUUUAUAUUGUGUAGUAUAAAUUUAAGUUGAGGUGUUACAUAUGAAGAAAUAAAAAGUUUUAAUUAGUAAA